AGAGAGAGAGAGUGUGAACGUGUGGGUGUGCAGCACACGCAGAUUGCCAGACAACAGCAGAAGGUUGAGGAUACACACACACACUCAGGGAGGCAGAGAACAAACGCUUCCUGUCCAGCCGCCACUGCUCAUUCAGAGAAGUUGAAAAGGACCUCAGCCCUCCUCUCCACACACAGAAAUAAGGAUGAAGCACACCUGGCCUCUCCUGAUUUGUCUGUUGAGUCAUGUGACCCUGGCGUGGGGGAUUGCCCGUCUGGCAGAUGACGUGGAACAGCGGUCGGCCUUCUCCGUGGCACGCACUAACAGCAUGGAGGGUGGCCCCAAGAUGGUGAUCACCUUCGACAAGGUCUACGUCAACAUCGGCGGUGACUUCGACCCCAAAGCAGGAAUGUUCCGCUGCCGGAUACCCGGGGCGUACUACUUCUCGUUUACUGUAGGGAAGUUCCCCCGCCGGGACCUGUCGGUCAUGCUGAUGAAGAACCGUAACGAGGUGCAGGCCAUCGUCUACGACGAGAACGCCGGAGAGGAGAGGAAGGUGCAGAGUCAGAGUGCCAUGCUGCAGCUUGACUUCGGUGACACCGUCUGGCUCCGUCUCCAUGGUGACCCGCGCUACGCCAUCUACAGCAACACAGGCCACUACACCACCUUCAAUGGCUACCUGAUCUACCCGGACACAUACAGCUUCCAAGAACCGGUUGUCAAGGAGACGACAAACCGCAACAUGAACGAGGCGGUAGAUCAUGAGGAGCACGUCCAGCAAGACAGGGACAACCCAGACGCCAGAGAGAACACAAUGAAAGCACAGGAGGAGCAGGAGGAGCAGGAAGAGGAAGAGGAACAGCAACAGCAACAGAUAGAAGAAGAAGAGGAGGACCCCAGGUCAGCCUUCUCCGUGGGCCGCACCCAGAGCAUCGUGGGGGUCGACCGAGGUCACGUCGAGCACCAUCCCAUCACCUUCGACUCGGAUUUCGUCAACAUUGGCAACGACUUCAACAUGUCCACCGGCACCUUUUCCUGCCGCCUGCCGGGGGCUUACUACUUCUCUUUCAACGCCGGCAAGCUCCCCCACAAGACCCUGUCAAUCAAGCUCAUGAAGAACCACCUGGAAGUGCAGGCCAUGAUCUACGACGACAGCGACCAGGAGAAGGCUCUACAGAGCCAGAGCCUGAUGCUCCAGCUGCAGCGAGGCGACACCGUUUGGCUCUACAGUCACCAGCGGGAGGGAUUCGGGGCCUACAGCAACCACGCAAAGUACAUCACCUUCACUGGCUUCCUGGUGUACCCUGAAGCCCCCAAGCAGAAGGCACAGGAGCAGCAGAGCACAAAGCCCUAACUCAUAGGGAUUGGGGAUGGGUCCCAGGAACAUUGGGAAAGUGCUUGCUUGGAUAAAUGUUGGUCUGAUAUGUUUGUUAAUGAGUCAUAGUCCAACUAAACUCUUUCCCUGUAUAUGCUGUUGUGGCUUUUUUUAUUAUUAUUUUUUUUAAAUCAGGAACCUUUCAAGAUGUGACUUCCAUCAUGCCUGUACGCCUUGUAAGGGUAUCUCUGGAAAAAGUCUGUUUAUUAAGUCUGUUGAGAGUCUAAUCAUUAAGUCAUUGUCUUGAGUGGUUGAAAAGCCACCAUAUGGCUUUGCAAAUGAUGUGAUUAAGCUCCAAAAUUUUGAAUUGACAACAAGGAACUCACAUAAAUAUAUGAGUGAUUUUCCAGCAGAAUACUCCUCAAUGAAAUGGGGUAGGUCCGAGCUUUAUCGCUCCUAAUAGUGUUAUUAUUCUUUGGUACAAACUCAACCAUUCUAGUGCUGAAAGCCAGAACAAUUACCGAAAUGGUAAUCUGACUAUUCUUCUCUUUGUGCUUUCCAUCACUAUUGAUAAAACAAAAUGACCGAUCCAUAAUCAUUCAUUCAGUUCAAAUUGCAGGUUCUAUAUUGUCAACAGUAAUGUUUGUUAAAAUCAGGUUGUUUGAAUUAGUUCCUUAAAUUGUAUGGUGGGU